UUUCUUAAUCAAGGAAAAGUCGUAAGGAAUAAAAAAGGCUCUAUUAUUGGGGUGGCGCCAUUUUGUCUUGGGCAGUCAACAGGAAUAGCAAAGAUCUCGUGUUGUUGCUCAUCUUGUGAAUUAGGGAUCGGCUUCGUGAAAUAAAGGGUCUGUUCUUCUCCUUCUCAAAAAUAUAUCCAAUGGAGGGUGCAGCAGCACUAGCAGUCGGAGGAUGGCUAACGCAACCUGUCAUCAAGAUGCUUGUCGACAGUGUGUGGACAUCGUCGCUGAGAGGAAAGCUGUACGGGCUUCGGGAUAAUGAUUUGCAGAAGCUACAUAGAUCUCUACUUAACAUCGACACGAUCGUCGACAAAGCAGGGAUGAGAUGGAGCAGGGAGGCAAGGUUAGUCGAGAUGAUGAAGCAACUCCAAGAUGCCGCUUACGACGCCGAAGACUUCCUCGAUGACCUCACGUUCCAUGGCAUGAAGCAAAAGAUUAAAGAAGACGCAAGUCACAAGGUUCUUAACCAAUUUUCUAGAGCUUUUAGCAAGACCAAAACUAAAUUGUUCAGUAAUUCUGUCAAAAGACUGAACAAGAUUCAGAAAAAGUUGGAUGAUAUUUAUGCUGAUAUGGAGAAAAUGUGCCAAUCAUUACAAGUGGAUGCAUCUGAUGGGCAAUAUCAAUCUGAUUUGGCGUCGGCCACACGAGAAACAAGCUCUUUCUUGAUCAGCAAAGUGUUUGGCAGAGAGGAAGAGCAAAAGAGAAUAAUAGGGCUAUUACGAAGAUCGACAGACUUGUCAGCAUCAGCAAGUGACAACGGCAAUAGCUUCUCAGUCAUACCUCUUGUCGGAAUAGGAGGUGUUGGGAAGACUACUCUGGCUCAGCUUGUUUACAAAGAUGAAGAGAUUCAGAACCAUUUCGCCGUCAAGAUUUGGAUUUGUGUGUCCGAGAAUUUUAAUGUGCAAAGACUCACCAAGGAGAUGAUCGAGUCUGUAACCGAGACUGAACAUGAUUCACAAAUGAAGUUAGAUGUUCUCCAAAACAUUCUAAAAAGGGAAAUUGCAUCUAAGAUGAUUUUGUUAGUCCUCGACGAUGUAUGGAAUGAAGACAAGGAGGAGUGGAGAAAGUUGUGUGCGCCAUUCAUGUAUGCUGCUGCAGGAAGCAAGGUCAUAGUGACAACUCGGAGCAAGAGCAUUGCUGACAAAAUUGGUACAGUGGAGGCGAUUGUUCUUGGCGAUUUAGAUGGAAUAUCUUUUUGGGAGCUGUUCAAGCAAUGUGCAUUUGGUCCUUCCAAACCUGAGGAGCACCCAGAACUUGUGGAAAUCGGGAGAAGUAUAGCUUCGAAGUUGAAGGGCUUGCCACUAGCAGCAAAAACAGUGGGAAACUUGUUAGGAUCCAACAUGAACCCACACUACUGGAGAAGUAUAAUGAAGAGCGAGGUAUGGGAAUUGCAACAGAAUAAAAAUGAUAUUAUUCCAGUCCUACAACUGAGCUAUCAUUAUCUUAGUGCACCUCUCAAGCGGUGUUUUGCCUUCUGUUCUCUCUUUCAAAAGAAUCACGAGUUUUCUGAAAUUGAGUUAACAAGAAUGUGGAUGGCCGAAGGUUUCGUUGUAGCUCAAGGAAAUCAGAGGAUGGAAGAUGUAGCAAGUAAGUACUUUCAUGAGUUGGUCAACAUGUCUUUGUUUCAACCAGAAACAACAUUUUGGAGGCAUUAUUACGUGAUGCAUGACCUCAUACAUGAUCUAACACACUCGGUUUCUGUUGACGAAACAAGUAGGAUGGAUAAUGGCAAGUCCAAUAAGAUAUCAACCACCCUCCGUCAUCUAGCAGUUGAAACAGAGUUCGUAGAGACAAAAGAAUUGAGGUACCGAUUCAAGAAAUUGCAUACUGUAUUCUGCCAACAUCUAAAGUCACCACCCCUUGACUUUAUUGAAAAAUUACGAAGCAUUCGUGUAUUGGUUUUGUCUCAUUGUUCCCUGCGGAUGCUGCCUACGAGGGUUGGUGAAUUGGUACAUCUCCGGUACCUGGACAUUUCUUACAAUGGAAUAGAAAAUUUGCCUGAAUCACUGUGUGAACUCUACAAUUUGCAAACACUGAUAGCAAAAGGCAACUUCCCAAACUCUCUUCCAGAAGAAAUAACUCAGCUGAUUAACUUGAGGCAUCUUGAUGUUGAAAAUACAGAAGUUGAAAAUAUAAAAAUGAUAGGGAGGCUAACCUCUCUUCAAGAGUUGUCUGAAUUCCUAGUGCGAAAGGAAGUUGGAUUCAAGAUCACAGAGCUAAGUGGCUUGAAGCAGCUUCACGGAAAACUCCAAAUUACUAAUCUGGAGAAUGUUGGAAGUAAAGAAGAGGCUGAAAAGGCUCAAAUGAAGAACAAAGAGUACCUUGAUGCUCUAGAGUUGGAAUGGGGAUUUGAUCCCAAGUUGGAGAACAAGUUAGUUGCCAUGGAGGAGGUACUUGAAGGACUCCAACCACAUGAGUCGCUAAAACAAUUAAAGAUCAGGAGGUAUUGUGGUGCCAGAUCACCCAGCUGGAUAAAAAAGGAGGAAUUAUCCAACUUGGAAAGACUCGAGUUGAGUAACUGUGAGAGUUGGAGAGAUAUUUUCUGCACUGCAUUGCUGCCGCACCUCAAGGUCUUCCAUAUAGAAAGCAGCAUGUGGUUCUCGAAAUCAUGUUUUGAGGUAUGUGGUUCUAGGGAGAGCAAAUUAUUUCCUAUGUUAGAAGAGCUACAGCUGAGGAACAUGAUUGCAUCAGAAGAAUUGCCCAAUCUUGGACGAUUUCCGUGCCUCAAGGUUGUUCGAAUGACAGAAAUAGAGUCAUUGAAACACAUUGAUUUUGCAGCAUCCAGUGCCAUAGAAAAUUCCUUGUUUUCUAUGCUAGAAUGCUUGGAGUUGAUUUACAUGCCUGCGUUGGAAGAGUUCUCCACUCUAGGAUAUUUUCCACGUCUCAGGGUUCUUCGCAUGAUAGGAAUGAGGUUAUUGAAACACAUUGUUUUUGCAGCAUCCGGUGCCAUAGAAAAUUCCUUGUUUCCUAUGCUAGAAGAGUUGGAGUUGAGAGACAUGCCUGCGUUGGAAGAGUUCUCCUGUGUAGGACAUUUUCCACGUCUCAGGGUUCUUCACAUGAUAGGAAUGAGGUUAUUGAAACACAUUGAUUUUGUAGCAUCCGGUGCCAUAGAAAAUUCCUUGUUUCCUAUGCUAAAAGAGUUCCAUUUGAAGGACAUGCACGCGUUGGAAGGGUUCUCCAAUCUAGGACAUUUUCCGCGUCUCAGGGUUCUUCGUAUGAUAGAAAUGAGAUUAUUGAAACACAUUGAUUUUGCAGCAUCCGGUGCCAUAGAAAAUUCCUUGUUUCCUAUGCUAGAAGAGUUGGAGUUGAGAGGCAUGUAUGCAUUGGAAGAGAUCUCUAAUCUAGGACAUUUUCCACGUCUCAAGGUUCUUCGCAUGAUGCGAAUGAGGUUAUUGAAACACAUUGGUCUUGCAUCAGUUGCCACAGAAAAUGAUCAGUUCCCUAUGCUAGAAGAGCUAGAGCUGAGGCACUUGCCAGUUUUAGAGGAGCUCCCUGAUCUUGGUUCACUUCCAUGUCUAAAGUCUCUAGACAUCAUAAGGAUGCGUAUGUUAAAACAUACCGAUUUUGCUUUCUACGAUGUUACAGAAAAAGUACUACUUCCCAGGGUAGAGAAGCUAGUAUUGCAUGACCUGGAGGCACUCAAGGAGCUUCCUAGUAAUCUCGGACGACUUCCAUGUCUUAAGGUUCUUAGCAUUGAAAAUAUAUCAGCAGUGAAACAGAUAGGCCAUGGGUUCUUUAGCACUGAAGCUAUAUCCCAGUGUUUUCUUAGCUUGAGAAGUCUCUCGAUCCUCAACAUGCCGUCAUGUGAAGGGUGGUGUUGGAUUGACGGCAGCGAGCUAUUUCCAAGCUUACAAGUACUUACUAUCCAUGGAUGCCCUAAGCUCGAGAGGUUACCUCCUCUCCCUCCUUCUCUUACAGAUUUAACACUAACAGAAGUUGGGUUAACAGAGCUGCCAAGCUUACGGGAAACUGGAACAAAUGGAAGCGGCUGCAAUCAAACUACAUCAUCUCUCUCAAACUUAAAAAUCAGUGAAUGCAACAAUUUGACAAGCUUAGAAGAAGGGUUGCUGUCGCAGAAUCUGUCAAAUAUUGAAGUCAUUUAUGUAGAAGGAUGCUAUGAACUCAUGCGGAUGCCUCUCAAGAGAUUUGAAAACUCCACUUCGCUCAAGGAAUUACAGAUAAAAGCUUGUCCCAACCUUAGCCUGACACAAGAAGAGGAAGCCGUCCUCCUUUCCCGUGGUGGAUCCAGGAAUUAUAUGGAGGAACGAUUUUUUCGUAUAACGGUUGGCGGACCAGUGCUUGGUGGAUACCGACGGUUCGACAGAUUGUGGCUUGACAACUGCUACCGCUGGACCUGAUGACUUUUUAGGUCUUCCUCCAACCGAUCCUCACCGUCCAUCAUCAAUAUCACACAAAUUUUCUAAGUUCAGAUCACAUAAUAUUCUUGGUCUGACGGUUCUUAUUUCCUUCUUGGGACCUUCUUCCUCGCUUACAACCUGGUUAUUGUAGUUUGUGAGUUGCGGCUGCGAACCUCUCCUACCAAACUCUGAUGCCCCGCCUCCGCCGUGGAUGCCGAAACCCUAACGUAGGCGGGCUAGUGCUUCCUAGGAACAAUUGAAUGUCCAUUGACUUGAAAGAUAUAUGAGAGAUUUUGUCUCUUGAGGAUGGCCUGAGUCUGAUCAUCUUUGUGAAGUGUAUCCCCAUGCUAAUUUAGAUGAUGAAAUACCUCUCAAGGCUUCAUGUUCUGUGUUGGCAACAAUUAUAGAGAAAUAUAUUAUAGCUAUAAUCUACUUGUGUGAAAACAUUGUUGCUCAAGUGCAAUCCAUGCAUGCUGCAUGUGAUUAUAUCAUAAUGUCUUGUUAUAUGCAGGGAUAUGUCAUUUAUUGUGUCUGAGUUAGAUGUGGUGGGAGAAAGAGGCCACAGCCAAGGGUAACGUCCAUGACAAGCCCAAAUCAGCUUAUUUCCCAACUUAGAUUCCCAAAAAGAGGAGCUGGAAGGGAAUUCGUUGGGCUGAGGAUUCAACUUACAAGUACUAUGAAGUUAUCCUUGUCAAUGCUGUUCACAGUGCAAUUCGGAAUGACCCUAGGAUCAAUCAACAUAGGGGGAGCUCCAUGAUCUCACUUCUGCUGGCAAUAAGUAUUGCGGCCUUUGUGGAAAAGGUCAUCGUCAUCACAAGGCGAGACCAUCUCGGAAGAGGAAUCAGACAUUGUCUCUCCACGGAUAUCUUUUACUUCCUUGUUUGGCUGUUAUUAGUGAACUUGAUGAGGAACUGAAGCUAUUUCUGCUAUUUUAAUAUUUGCCCAGUUUGCUUGAAAAAACUUCAAACCUGUAAACAUGUUUUCAGAGUCAUGCGAUUCAUUCAUACAAUGUUUUGUUUAAUCAAA